GUACCCGCUCUCCCUCCCCAAAGGUCAGCAGUCUCUGGUCAUCUCCUUUACUGUCUGCAGUCUCUGGUAUCCCCUGCACUGUCUGCAGUCUGGUUAUUCCCUGCACUGUCUGCAGUCUCUGGUCAUCUGUACUAUGUCCGCAGUCUCUGGUCAUCCCCUGUACUAUGUCCGCAGUCUCUGGUCAUCUCCUGUACUGUGUCCGCAGUCUCUGGUCAUCUCCUGUACCGUGUCCGCAGUCUCUGGUCAUCUCCUGUACUAUGUCCGCAGUCUCUGGCCAUAUCCUGUACUAUGUCCGCAGUCUCUGGUCAUCCCCUGUACUGUGUCCUCAGUCUCUGGUCAUCUCAUGUACUGUGUCAGCAGUCUCUGGUCAUCCCCUUCACUGUCUGCAGUCUCUGGUCAUUCCCUGCACUGUCCGCAGUCUCUGGUCAUUCCCUGCACUGUCUGCAGUCUCUGGUCAUUCCCUGCACUGUCUGCAGUCUCUGGUCAUUCCCUGCACUGUCCCUGCACUGUCUGCAGUCUCUGGUCAUUCCCUGCACUGUCCGCAGUCUCUGGUCAUCUCCUGUACUGUCUGCAGUCUCUGGUCAUUCCCUG